CCUCCCUAGACGUCUCGAGUUCGCCUGUACCAGACAUGGGAAAGCACUAUUGCGACUACUGCGACGUCUACCUCACCCACGACUCUGUAUCCGUCCGCAAAGCGCACAAUUCCGGUCGCAACCACCUACAGAAUGUCCGCGACUACUACCAGAGCUUAGACCCGGCGCAGGUGAACGCCAUUGUGGAAGAGGUGGACGCAAUCUACCAAGAGAGGGGAAUCGAGAAGCCGGCCAUUGCGGCUGGACCUGGAGGUGGCUUCGGUGGUGGAGGAUACGGAGGAGGUGGUGGUGGAUAUGGCGGAGGCUUUGGCGGCAGAGGAGGCUUCGGCGGUCCUCGCCCUCCAUUCAAUCAAGGCUUUCGUCCUCCUCCACCUCAUCUUCAGCAGCAUCAGCAAAAUCCCGGUUCCGGCUACGGCUCCGGUCCUCCGCCAGGCGCAUACGGUCAGCCACCGCCGAACUAUAGGCAGCCACCCCCGGGCGCAGGAGGUCAAUUCAGUCGGCCUCCGCCGCCUUUGGGGAUGAGGCCGCCACAGGGAGUUGGAGGCUAUCCGAUGAACGUACCGCCGCCUGGUUACAAUCCGCAUGUGCCGCCGCCUGGCUUUGGAGGACAGCAAGGCGCGCCGGGACAGGGUGGGCCCCCGCCACCGCUGGGUAUCAGGCAAUGAGAAGCGGAAGCUGGGAAGAGAAAGAGAAGGGAUGUACACUGGGGGGGCAGGAACAUGCGGCUGCUUUGAGCCUCACCGUCACGACAUACAUGCGCCUUGAACUCAUACUGCGAUUCUGCACGAACCGUAUUCAAGCUCUACACGAGUGACAUCGAUGCUAUGAAGUCGAAGCAAGUCUACAGUACAAUAAGGAGGCAGGUAUUCGCCGCGAAUAUGACAUUCUCACGUGCGUUCCUCGAAUCCGUCCGCGCU